AUGGUCUAUAUACUGGCUGUAAAUCCUUAUGUUUUAGGUGAGGCAGGAAUGCCCAAAGCAGCGUUAUUUACUGCUACAACAUUGGCUUCUAUAUUUGGCACCAUCAGUAUGGCUUUUAUUGCCAAUGUGCCUAUUGCACAAGCACCGGGUAUGGGAUUAAAUGCUUUUUUUGCUUUUAGUGUCGUUAAUACAAUGGGAUAUUCAUGGCAGUUUGCAUUAACCGCUGUUUUUAUAGAAGGACUCAUUUUUAUUAUUCUAACUGUAUUUAACAUUCGUGAAAGUAUUAUAAAUAGUGUACCCAAAACAUUAAAAAAUGCGAUUCCUGCAGGCAUUGGAUUAUUUAUUGCCUUUAUAGGUCUUCGAAAUGCAAAAAUCAUUGUACCGCAUGAACAAACACUUGUAACAUUGGGUAAAUUAUCUGAUUUGGAAAUCUGGAUAACCCUUUUCGGUCUUAUACUUGUUGGCAUUCUUACAGCUCUUAAUGUAAAGGGAGCUAUACUCAUUUCGGUCAUCGCUGCUACUUUAUUAGGAAUUCCACUCCAUAUAACACAUAUCCCCAAAGAAAGUCUUAUUUCACUGCCCCCUUCCAUCACACCUAUUUUUGCUCAGUUUGAAUGGACGCAGUUUUUUACGACCGAUAUGCUUGUUGUUGUAUUUACCUUUUUAUUUGUAAACCUGUUUGAUACUGUUGGUACAUUAUGGGGUGUGGCAUCAAAAGCAAGCUUGAUUAAACCCGACGGUUCUUUUCCUAAAAUGCGCAAAGCAUUAUUUGCAGAUGCUAUAGGCACAACCGUGGGUGCUAUAUUGGGUGUAAGCCCG